AUGAACAACAUCAACAACAACAAAUCAAGAAGCAAUAUCCUUUUUAUUACCAUCCUAUUCCUCGUUCUAGCAACCUUGGCAAAUGUGACGCAGUCUUUUCCAGGAUUCUUCGAGCUGGAUAGCAAGUCAAACGAAAGGGCACUCAAAGGAAAAGACGAGUUGGAGUCACUCCUAACAAACUCCAAGAAGAGCAAGUGCUGGGAACAAUGUAUGGAGUCAUUGGUCCAUGGUUGUAAAGAGAUGGACGAUGUCCAGAGAUCAAGACUCGCCGUUAAGUUGGCCAGUUGCCACCUCGAAAAGUCCGGUCUAACAAGCUAUCAGUGCACCGACAAGAUGUCCAUACCCGAGUGCACAUCGUCCAUGAGUGAGCUGGCCUACAUGACCUACACCAACUUUUACAUCUCCACCGAAAACAUCUGCUACUACCUCCAGUCCGAGCUGUUCCAGCAACAGACCGAGAAGGCUGUCAACAAACUCAUCGAGUCCACAGUCGACACUCUUACCUCUGUCAAGCAGAUCUAUCUCCAGUCGCAACUACUCUCGGAGUCAAUGGAACAGACCAACUUGGCACAACAGAAGUUGGUCAACAUCAACAGCAACUUGAAGAUGCAGUUGGAGCAAUCGAUGGACUUUCUCAACAGGAUAAGUGUCACAUCAGAGGAGCUAAAGUCCAAUCUUCGCGAGACAAUAGUCAAGCAAGAUACAUUGCUAGAGUCACAAGUGAAGUUAUCCGAACAACAACAACAAUCCUCUCGCGCGUCCCUUGAUAUCCUAUUCCAGAUCAAAGACUCUGCCAACUUUAUAUCAUCCAAUACCUUGGAGUCAUUGGACAAUCAGAAUAGACUAUUAGGUCUUCAAAAGCAAGCUAUUGGAGACUUGAGUGGCAUAGGAUCAAUCACUGAUCAAUGCUUGUCCAAGCAACGAGAGAUACUCAAUGCUCAGGACAAGAUCUCACAAGGACAUCAACUAAUAGUUAGUAUCCUUAAUGGUUUGAACAACUUGUCCAACACCAUCCUAUCAGAGUUCAUUGACCUUAAGUCCAUAAUCUAUUACGCUGCAACCUCUGUACUUUUGUUCUUCAUUACAAGUACCAAGAGGUCUGCGCCUGCUAGGCUGCCAUUAUAUAUUGGCCUGAUCACAUCGAUGAUGUUGGAGAGAUACGCUAUAAGUGUAUCAUCACACUCGUUGUCUGGUCAUCUAAUGGAUAUACUUGGAGUCAACAGCAUGAUUGACAAUGUACAAUUCAAGUAUUUCCUUGUCAGCAGGAUACGCAUGCUGUUCUUUGCCUGUGCUUCCAUGGUUGUCACGCUCUCCAUAUGGUUCUAUCGUGACUAUGAGUUACUCAAUCAUCAACUACUACUCCAACUCAACGAAUCAAGCAAGAGGACAUUAUUACUACUCAAGAGUUCAAACAAGUCCGUCGUCUCUUCCACUUCAAGGAACAAGAAGAAGGAGCAACAACACAUGCUGGCAAUCAACAUUGAUGAUGAUGUUGAUGUAGAUGUUGAUUAUGAGUCGGAUGGCGAUGCCUCCAACAACUAA